AUGUUGGAGCUAUUGCACAAGACUGAAGUGAAUUCCCUGCCAGUGGUCACUUCUAUGCUACGAUGCCUGGAGCUUGCCACUGAGGUUUCUGGCACAGCUGCCUUGGUUCUCUUCCGAGAUUUCGGAGGGCUGCAGGCCUUUUCGAUGCGGUUGCAGAGAGAAGUAGAGUUGUUGAUGGCUUUGGAUUUUACUGGUGACGUGGUGGAGUCCCGAUCUCCUGGUCCAGAGGCACCAGAGGAAGAGCGUCAGAGGUUUCGGAGCCUCUUCGAGGAGGUCACUUUCAGACGGCGCCUUUGUCGCCAGUUGCUGAAGAAUGUCCAGACAGCUUUGCAAUGUAGCGAGGCCCUCCAGGGCCUGGCGAGCGUCUUCCAAGGGCAGCUGACGGAUGCGCUGAAGUUGGCGGUGAAGGCGCCUAUGAAGAUUGGUUUGCCACUCUUCGGCACGGCCAUCGACAUUGUCUCCAGCAUUAUCCAAGAUGAUCCUUCCAGGGUACCCCGAAUGAUCGAGACUGAGGUCUUGCCAGAGAUCAUGUCCGCGUUGAACAAAGAGACAAUGCGAAGUGUUGAAUGUCUCAACUUCGUCCCUGGUUGCUUGGCGUCCAUUGCCCUGCAUGCAGUUGGAGAGAACUUCAUCCUGGGUGCUGCCUCAAAGCCGUUGCAGCUAGUGACGGAGGCGCUCAUGGAGAGCAGCUUUGCAGGGUACAGUGGAGUGGUGGACCCAAAAAGUGGCUCUAUGAAAGCAAGCGUUUCCACAGUUUCCAAGCUGCUCUUGGCUUGGAAGGAGCUUGUUCAGAUCAUGGGGACACACGUGGAGAAGGCCAACUGGGCUUGGGUGGACCCUUCGUUCAAGGGGAGCAAGAUUGGCAACGUGACUUGCCCUGCUGACACAACAGGCGAUGUGUAA